AUUCCAAAUAAAAUAUGUUAUUGUAUAAAUACUUUAACUGAAAUUUAUUUUUUUAUUGAAUUGUGUUGUUUGUAGUACAAUAAUAAUAUUGAUUUGUGAUCAAGAAUAAGUCUUGAAUAUAGGACAGUGUUUAACAUAUGGUUGGUAUCAGACUGAUCUUAUUAUUGAUUUUUUUUCAGUCAUUGUUGAUUAUCGUGUGUUGAUAACACUGAAAAACUACGUUUUGGAAGUGAUAUGUUUCCAACACUGAUGAAGACACAAAUUCCUUAUUGAUAUGGUAGUGACAGAUUUGUCGUUGAUUUAGACAUAUAUCGGAAAUAAGUGUUGAGUAUCUGAAAGCAUCAAGAUGCCGAUCUUACAUAUGGACCACAUGCACAGGCUGCGGCGGGCAGCAGAACAGGCAGUCAAUGCUGCUGCAAAAGCUGUUACUCAACCACCAGCAGAUGAUGGUGUGACCUCAGCAGAUGAAACUACUACUGCUGGACAAACUAAUUUUGAUAAGAUUAAGGAUAAAUUUAUGGAACAAAUUGAAAAAUUACCAAUAUGGGCUAUUAUAUUAAUAUGUGCCGGUGCAUUAUUGUUUCUGGUUUGCUGUACUUAUUGUAUGUGUAAGAGAUGUUGCCGAAAAAAGAAGAAAAAGGAAGGAAAGAAAGGGUUAAAAGGAGCAGUGGACUUGAAGAGUGUUCAGUUAUUGGGAAAUGCUUAUAAGGAAAAGGUACAGCCUGAUUUAGAUGAACUUCAAGUGAAUAUGGAAGAUAAUGAAGAUGCUGAGAGCACCAAAUCUGAAGUCAAAUUGGGAAAAUUACAAUUUUCUUUGGACUAUGACUUCCAGAAAGCUGAGUUAUCAGUAGGUGUAGUACAAGCAGCAGAUCUACCAGGAAUGGAUAUGAGUGGUACAUCAGAUCCCUAUGUUAAAGUCUAUCUGUUACCUGAUAAAAAGAAGAAAUAUGAAACAAAGGUUCACAGGAAAACUCUUAAUCCAGUCUUCAAUGAGACUUUCACAUUCAAGGUACCUUAUGCUGAGAUUGGUGCCAAAACUUUGGUAUUUGCUGUCUAUGAUUUCGAUCGAUUCUCCAAGCAUGACCAAAUUGGUCAGGUUAAGAUUCCAUUAAAUAGCAUUGACCUUGGUAAAGUGACAGAGGAAUGGCAAGAUCUUUCUAGUCCAGAUAAUGAAGCUGAAAAGGAAAACAAACUUGGUGAUAUUUGUUUCUCAUUACGAUACGUACCUACUGCAGGUAAACUGACGGUUGUUAUUCUGGAAGCCAAAAAUCUCAAGAAAAUGGACGUUGGAGGCCUAUCAGAUCCCUAUGUGAAAAUUGCUCUCUAUCAGGGUUCAAAGCGCCUGAAGAAAAAGAAAACAACUAUUAAGAAACGAACUCUCAACCCCUACUUCAAUGAGUCAUUCACUUAUGAAGUACCCUUUGAGCAAAUUCAGAAAGUUCAGCUGAUCAUCACUGUGGUUGAUUAUGACAGAAUUGGUACAUCAGAGCCAAUAGGACGUGUUCUAUUAGGCUGUAAUUCUACAGGCACAGAGUUGAGGCAUUGGAGUGACAUGUUGGCGAAUCCUAGAAGACCUAUAGCUCAGUGGCACACACUACAAGAGGUGCCAGAGAAGAACUAAGAUGGAUGAAAAACAGAGGAAGAGCUUUUAUUUCUUCUCAGAUAUUUUAAACAUUCUACAAUGUCAAUACACAGACAUUGUUCUGAAGAUACUGUGAAGUCAUUAUUUUUCGUUGAGUUUCAUUUUCAUGGGUUUUUGGAGGGUUGACCAAUUUACACAAUAAUUGUUUCUCCACAAAUGUACAAAAGUAUUUGAGAACAUUUUUAAAAUAUGCUUCAUGAAAUUUGGGGCCUACAAAAAUAAUUGAUUUCACAGUAAGUUUGGCUUGGCUUGUAAGAUACCAUCGUGAAACCCAGUGAAGUUGGAUGUUAAACUCAACUAUACAUAUAUACAUAUUACUUGCCCUCUAACAUAGCUAAUGUGAUAUUGAAACUUAUUUUGAAUGACAACCAUGGCCUAUGUGUUAUAACUUGGAAGUUUAUUUGAGAAUUUAAAGUGCGCCUAAUAACUUUUUUUUUCUUUUGUUAACAUUCCAGUAUAUUCACUUGCAAUUCAAUUAGGAUUGAGUGAAAUUAUUGUUUUACAAGCCAAAGCCAAACAUUUUGUGAUUAUAGAUGUCUGUUUUGUUUGUCUUCACUUCUAACC